CGACCGAAAAGCUGUAGUUAAAAAAAAAUAAAAACAAAAAAAAAGCUUUCUUUGUUUUAUUUUAUUUUAAGAUUAUUCAAUUCGUGAUAUUUUUACGAUGGAAACGAGGAAAAAUUUUGAUCAAGACAAACAAUUGCUUUUAGAAAAAGCAUUAAUAGGACUUGAACAACUUCAUUCUAAUUUAAAUAAUUUAAAUCGUAAUUUAGAAACGAUCAAUGCCAUCGGGUUGCAGUUUGAAGCACCAGCUCAUCUUUGGAGUAGCUUCCAUAAAAGUAUUAAAGUAAACGUUGAACCAGAAAGUACUAAAUCGAAUGCUAUGCAAAAGGAACAUUCAAAAACGAUAUUUGAUAAUACAACAAGAUAUUCUUCUUUAACUACUGAAGAAAGAUUAUAAUAUUUUCAAUAACAGUUUUUUUUUUUCUGGAUUUUGUUUUGUAUUGAUCGCAAGAUUUUUCUAAAUCUUAUAUACCUUUUUUUCUUGUAUUAAUUAUUUAAUAAAUGUUAAAUAUUUAGAGAAAGGGAUAUGAUGUAAUCUUA